AUGGAACUGAGCGAACCACCCGCUGCGACGGAAAUGCGUUUCCGAAGCGAUGGUGGACAAAAGCGACGUGGAGCAACGACCACCUCAUUGGUGAACGUAGGCGAUGAGCUCCCAAUGACGGAGAGACCACGAGUUCAGCAUGUUUGGAGCAAAUAAAC